AUGUAUAGCAUGAUGGAACACGAGUUAAAGCCCUCUGGGCAACAGCAGUCGCACCAAACCGCCAUGUCUCCGGUCACCGGCAACAACAUUGGCAACUCUCACCCGGGGUCCAAAUCCCUGUGUCCUCCGGGCGGGGACCCCAUGGACAAGGUCAAAAGACCCAUGAACGCCUUCAUGGUCUGGUCUAGGGGCCAGCGUCGCAAGAUGGCCCAGGAGAACCCCAAGAUGCACAACUCCGAGAUCAGCAAGCGGCUGGGCGCGGAGUGGAAGCUACUGACUGAUGCUGAGAAGCGGCCGUUCAUUGACGAAGCCAAGCGCCUCAGGGCGGUGCACAUGAAGGAUUACCCCGACUACAAGUACAAGCCACGCCGUAAAACCAAGCCCCUGCUCAAAAAGGACAACCAAAUGGGGAAGUACCCUCUCUCCGCCGGGAACCUGCUGGCCGCGGCCGCCGCGCAGGGCCAAGGUGGGAGUCCCAGGAUGGAGAGUUACGGGUGGGGCCCGGCGGGAGGUUACGCCGGGAUGCAGAGCGAGGCCCUUGGCUACACUCAGCAGCUGCACCGCUACGACCUGUCCGCGCUCCAGUACCCCCAGGCCAUGACCGCACAGACGUAUAUGAACGGCGCCAACACCUACAGGUAGACUAUGUUCCAGUUCUAAAUUCCAUUCCGCAUGUUCUGAUUCUAAUACCUAAUUGAGAGGGACAAUGUUUUAUAGCUUUCAUGUAAAUCCAGUUUUGAUAACAAAAGUUUAAUGACAAUGCUCUCACGCCAGUUGCUACCCGUGUAAUCUGACACCUAAAUUUACUGAGCAGGUGCACUUGUGCUGUGGACACAUCUGUAAACUAUUCUUUCAUCUAAAUUCAGCAUUUAUUUCGAUUGUUAGCUAGUUUAUUGCGUAUUGAAUGAAAAGGACACCCUCAAUACUUAACCUACCUCAACACUUGAAAGUGUGUACCCAUUUUAUAUAGCCUAUACAACCAGUAUGAAAAUGUAUGCACUCACUAACUGUAAGUCGCUCUGGAUAAGAGCGUCUGCUAAAUGACUAAAAUGGAAAAUGUUCAACGUUUCUUAACCGAAUUGGAACCAAUGAUAAACUUUUGUCAGUGGAUCGGCAGCCUGAAGUUUGCAAAUUGACAUUUUCUCGUUAUUGUGAUAAGAUUUGAGCAAUUCUAACCAGACACCCACAUUCUCUGCUUUAAACCAGUGGUUGCUACAUAAUCAAUGUUGUACUAAUCAAGACUUAUCGUUAAAUCACAUUACUUUAGGCCCAAUUAUUGCGAGAGCAGUUAUCACAUAAAAAUAGGAUAUAGCCUGCUGUUUUAAUGGACCAGAAAUUAUUAAUCGCCCAACAUGGAAGAGAUUAUUUAACAUUACUUCUGCAUUUUAAUACAUUUUAUUUCAGUUCAUGCAGUAUGCAAUCAGUACAGGUCCAGCAAGCAUCAUGCCUUGUCAGUGUAUUUCAAAAUGUAUGUAUCAGAUAAUGUUUUGAAUUACUUGAAUUGCUCAAGUUUUGUUAAUAAAAAACACUUGUUUGUUAAACACUUCCAACAUUCUGACUCUCACAAGUUUGAUGAAUUUCUGUAAAUAUUUAUAAUCUGAUAGGCCCCAUGUGUUUGUUGCCAAACUGGAUUUGCCUGUUAAAAACUAAGAUGAAUUAUAACCCAUGUCAUGACUCACAACCCUCACACAUCCAGCACAGAGCCAUAACUUUUUUGUUUUGUCUUUCUCCCAAUUGUUGAUUUUCAGAAGAUGACUUUGUAUUUCUUUUUUUGUUCAGAAAUGCUAAAUGCUAAAUAUACUGCACGUUAAGGAUAAAAUAAUUAUUUUUAUUAUUUUCAAAUGUCAUUUUAACCUAUAAUUUAUUAAAACAUUCUAUCUUAUGUCUUUAAAACUUUGGUCAAUAGUAAAUAGGUUAAUAUUUGUAUUUUUACUUUUUUAUUUUACCAGGUUAGUCUCAUCGAGAAACAAUCUCUAACAAGAGACUGGGCCAAAAUAGCGGCGCACACAAAGUUUCACACUUGUAACAUAACACAAAGCACUACAGUUUUAAAAACAUACAUUUACACAUUGGUUAAGUGUAGGUUGUUUACUUGUUUUAGGCCUGUGGAUUGUAGAGCAUGUGAAGAGGCCCACUCUAUGGGAAAGCUUUGUGUGUGGUCCUUUACCCACAAUCCUCUAGUCCACAUCAGUGCUUUCUCCCAGGCCUCUUCCAGAGAGACACCAGUGAUUCAUUUAGUUUCAAAACAAAAAAAUGUGCAUAAACACAUUCACACAGCUUUUUCAUGCUUCCAAUUUAAAAUAAUUCCUCACCCUGAUAUCUUUAAGCGCCUUUAGUUGGUUAAUGAAUUCCUUAACUGACUGAGAAUAUCUGCAGUUCACUUCAUGGUGCUGUAGUUGGUGGCCUAACUAGUCUGGACCUGCCCUGUCCCCACUCCCCAGCCCAUGCUGUUUGUAAACACAGGGUGGAUUCCAUGGGCUCUCCCACUAGGUGACUCACUACUGGUCACAUCAGUCAACUCUGCAUGUUUGUCUGCACCCAGAAUAAUAUAUUGCGUGCCCCUCUUCUGACUGUCAUGCAGGAUUAAUGAUUUAAUUCCGAUGGGUCUGUCUUGGUAUCAAAAUGAAUCUGAACUUUUUUAUUUGACAAAACCACUCUAAAAUCCCAAAGAAAAGACAACUCGUUGCAAAUUACCAUGAAUUAAGGUGAAGUAGAACAAUUGGACACUUCAUAAUCAGUCCGUUCUUUACGACACAUUUCAGGUAUAAAUGAUUUGUAUUGAACGGAGUGGACAUGAUUUGUCUGUCAUGUAGAAUAGUGUAAUCGGGUCUGCGCUAUUUAUUGCGCGUAUACCUGAAGAUUUAGUUGCGUGCCCCAACAUGACAUACUGUAGCUAAACAUUACAUAACAUCCAUAUCAUUCAGUCACUAACAGCAUCUCCCCCUCUCCUCCCCAGCCCCAUGUCCUACAGCAGCAGCCACCAGCAGCCCAGCCCAGUCAUGUCCAUGGUGAAGCCAGAGCCGGUGUCGCACUCCCCGACCGGUGGACCUAACCACCACCGCGGGCCUCUCCAGGGGGAUUUGAGGGAUAUGAUCAGUAUGUACAUCCCCGGGGGAGACACCAGUGACCCUGCCGCCCAGAGAGGAGGCUACAGCGUCCAGCAACACUAUCUCAGUGGGACUGUCCCCCUCACUCAUAUCUAG